CUAUCAUAUAUUGAUGCAAUGAUAAUGAGUAAUAUAAAUAAUAUAAAGCAAAUAAAAUCAAAUAAAUACUUAAAGCAUCUAGGAGGAGUUUUCAUUCUGCUCUAGGAUGCAGAACCCCUGACCUCUGUCUGGACAGUGCUGAUUGGCCCUGUGCUGAUCACAUGCACUCUCCCAAAAAAAAAAACCCUCUAGCAAUACACACCAAACUGAGCAAGUGCAGAGUGACUCCACACAAUAUGUCUUAUCAGGAGAUAAGAGGGGGGCACUGGAAGAAGUGGAGGAUCAGAGAAGAAAGGAUCAAACAGCCUUUUUACACAAUGCAGAGGAUUAACCCCUUAGGUUCCACAGUGAGUAUAACAAGCAUGCUUUACUGUAUAUAUAGAGUG